CUUGGUUUUGGGCGUGGAGGCGAAUUAUCAGGAUCUCGUGUAAUCAUCGUGUUUUGGCACGUGGCAAUGUGAGAUUAGGAAGCAUGAAUCAGUUAUUCUAAUGUUCAAAAGAUGAUGGGAAGGACAUUAGCUGGUCUGACACUCGUGAUCACAUUUGCAGUACAGGCGCUCAGCAUGGGAAUGUUCCAAGUGUCAAUCAUGGCUAUAUACAACUAUCGCGGACAAAAAGACAAUGGCCGCUGUUGCGAUGGUAACCAAGAGCGUCCUCCGUGUACAAUGGAGUGCCGCACGUUCUUCUCAAUUUGCCUUCUUCACUACAUCACGGAUGUACCGGAAACUCCAUCAUGUCCGUUCGGACACACCUUCACGCCAGUCCUGGGCGGAAACACUAUUAAUGAAACAGCACUGGCAGUUCUUAACUACUUUCCACUACAGAUACCAUUUUCUUAUGGCUGGCCGGGAACGUUUACCCUGGUGAUAGAUGUUUUACAUGACGCUUUCCACAACAGAACACUUUCAGAUCCAUCCCAGAGAAUAUUACGUUCCGUGGUCAUUGACACUGCUCAUCCACCUACUCUUUGGAGGAAGAAAACGGAGAUCUCGGAAUCAGUUGACCUAUUUUACAACUUCCGGGUUUUGUGUGACGAGAAUUACUAUGGGCCUGAAUGUAACACGCUAUGCAGACCUAGGAAUGACAAUCUCGGCCAUUAUCUAUGUGAUGAAAACGGCACUAAGAUAUGCUUACCUGGCUGGGAGGGAGAACACUGUCAGCGAGCGCUUUGCCUGGACACAUGUAACAGGACAAAUGGAAUAUGUGAAGAACCUUUCACGUGUAGGUGCAUCAUGGGAUGGACGGGCGAGUCAUGUGACCAGUGUUUGACCCAUCCUAAAUGUGUAAAUGGAUACUGCUUACAGCCUUCUCAGUGUAUUUGUCUGGGCGGAUGGCGAGGAGAGUACUGUAAUGUCGAUACAAACUUCUGCAUGAAGACUCAGCCUUGUAUGAACGGAGGAACUUGCCUGUUUAACUUAACAUCCAAUUACACUUGCUUGUGUCCGCACAACUUUACAGGAAUUCACUGUGAAAAUCGUCUAUGCUAUGAAGGAUUCUGCGAACAUGGAGGACACUGCCAGGACAGCGAUCUUGGACCUACAUGCACGUGCCCCCCAGAAUAUCACGGAGUCAGAUGUGAAAAUCCUGUCCCCACGUGUCAGGAGAUCGCGUGCAAAAAUAACGGCACGUGCAUAAUGAAAGAAUUCGGCGCCGCGUGUGAUUGCUUGGCGCCAUUUAUAGGAAAGAGGUGUGAGACGUAUAUCAAUCCUUGUGACGACUCCCCUUGUAAAAACGGGAGAUGUCUAAAUAUGAGUGAUUCAUAUACUUGUUCCUGUGAAGAGGGAUACAAGGGGGAUAACUGUGAUAUUAUUGUCGAUCUCUGUGAUGACUUCAUAUGUUACAAUGGCGGCACGUGUUUCCUGGAUAGUACAAGUAAACUUCCGGUAUGUGCGUGCGGCGACCAAUUUUCCGGCCCAGAUUGCCGGAACACUAUCGACCUAUGUGUCAAUCAUCAUUGUCAAAAUGGCGGAUCUUGUAAGGGAACGUCAUUGGACGUUAAUUGUGAAUGUACAGACGGAUAUUCCGGAGUUUAUUGUGAACACAGACGUGAUUUAUGUCAAGAUAUUGUGUGCAAAAACGGGGGGAUUUGUAAACACUUCGAGAAUUCAACAAAAUGUGUGUGUGACCCCCAUUACGAGGGACAACAGUGUGAGGUUCCCCUUCUUCAAUCGGACCAGUCGGCCACCCAUCCGACCCUCGGGGACAAGGACCGAGAUAUGGGUUACGUGAAUAAUGGUGUCACCCUCCAUCACACCAUUUAUACAACACUCGGAACUACGUUAAUAAUUAUAUAUUUUUGUAUACCAAUGAAACUGUGAAAUAUACUUUGAUUAUUUAAUAUAUGUUAAACUAGUGCUGGACUUCUUGUUAUAAUAACUAAAAGCCAUUCUUUAAAUACCUUAAAGAACAAAAUCCAAAAAUCGUAAGAAUGUAGAGUACUUCAAUUUUACUGUGUUAGCAUGUCAAUCAAUGCAUUUGACUUAAUUAAGACUGAGAAAGGUAAACAAGUCCUAAUAUGUCUAAUUUGACUACUAAUUAUUACUUAUUUCAUUAAAAAAUCGUAACUUUCAUACUUCAAAACAUAUGUAUAUUAAACUAAUUUAUAUUUCAAGGAACCAAAUUCAGUUGAAACUGGCUUAUGAAGCCCGUGUAUCUCAGUCGUUAGAGCAUCAGACUUUUAAACGACCUAGAGUUCGAAUCCCUGUGUGGGCGUGAUAUUUAUGCUUCCUUAGAUCAGGAUGUAAAGACGGUUUCAUCACGCAAGGGACCCGGGUUCGAUUCCUGUCGGGAAUGUUUAGUGUCCUAAGAAUCUGGAAAAAGAGUACAUUAACGGGAGAUUGUGCAUGAUUUCCUCUUCUCAACCCAGAAUACGACAAGGAAAUCGGAGUAGAUUCGCAGAAAAAUGAAAUCAACCUUACCUCAAAUGGCCUUAUGGAGACUGAGUGAUCUAGUGAUAGGACGAAAGGCUACAUGAGCGAGGGGUCGUUGGUUCGAGUCCCGACACGGCCACUUCUCUAGGAUAAAGUUAUUCAAACCUGAUUAAUUCAUGAUAGUUAACACGGAAUUUAUAUUUAUAAUAUGUUUUAAAGUAGUCGAAACAGCAGAUUUCCCACGCGUUGGGAUACAAUCUAAAAACUAACCAAUCAAUAUGCUUUGACUGUUUAACAAUAACUAAAUCAACUUUGUGACGUGGCUUUGUUAUUACGUCAGUCUCAGACUUACGGUAUGACGUCAACAUCGGUGAGUUAUACUGUCCAAUAGUUACAUCAUAAAACUAUGAAUAUCUAACAUCGAUCAUGUGACCUGUUGGUGAAAUAUCAGGUUUUGACACUGAGGUGGAUACAUACCUCUCCGUGAUAUCAUAAGUAUUAACUAUACUAACACAGCCCUAAUUUAAAGUGACUAUAGCUGUAAAAUUCAAACUUAUUAAACGCUGAUUAUUGUUAUGAAUAGUGAAAUUGGUCUACGAUAUAGCGAUGCACGAGCCAAUACUGUAAAUAUAUUCUAUAAAUAUAUGUUUAAGGCUUUUAAAACACUGUUUAUCGCGAUUGAUGCUUGUAAAGAAUGCCACACGAAGAAACCCGAACGGAGUCACGUGGACACGAGCGCCACCUACCGAAUGGUAAUGUUAUUGCCGUUUCCGAUUUAGAUGUUUAAAACACGGUUGAAGAGACUUUAAUUUUAUGAAAUAUUUGUUAGUGUUGUCUCGAUUAUCGAUUAUAAUCGAUUUCUUAUCGGAAAGGCAACCAAUUCUCAAUGAUCGAUUACGAGAUGUCAACAUCGUUGAUUGUUUUCAAAACCGGAAGUGCAAGUUCUACUUUCAAUUUCACUAAAGAGAAGCGGAAGUUCUGUGUAUUUCUACUCUUAACUUCAACUUCUUACCAAUCAUGCUGUUUAACUAUAGUCCAUUACAAAAAAAUAUGUAUAUUUAUAUAACAGUUUAUCAAUAAAGGUUAUAAUGUUGAAACGAUAUGAUAGAUAAAUUAAGAUACGAAACUAUUUGAAGUAAAGCUAAUAUAAAAUCAAAAUGGCCACAAACUCUUCUUCAAAGAUAAUACAUGUACACACUGUAUAGGCUUAUUCAGUUCCGGAGUAAUGAAAAAGUAAUAUCUUUUUAAAGAAUUGUGUAACGGUAGGCUAAUCGAAAAUAAUCGAAAAUCAAUUGGUUGACACUAACCGAUUUUAUCCGAUCACCGAUGUUGAAAUUUAAACCGAUUCCCAUCACUAGUAUUUGUUAAAAAUAUUACGCCUUGUGAUAUUUUCCGACUGUGAUUUUUACAGCUAUAGUCGCUUUAAUGAAAUGAUACUUACAACGAUAACACUUAAAUAAAACUGGGUUAUAACAAACUAUGACUAACACUGAUCUUAAAAUGUAUUACAUGGAAGGAGCCUACAUCUACAUCAAACUUAAUAUCGCGUCGAGACGCCAUGACGUCGUGUUACGUUCCGACAUAUAUUUGUUUUAUUUAUAAUGUUUUGCCUUUGUUGAAUUUAUAUUUGUGAAUAAACUAUGUUUUCGGUA